UUGGUUGGGACUUGGGACUUGGGACUUGGGAGAAGAUGAGAAGGGAAGGGGUAGAAAGGGAAUUAUGGAUAUUUUAAUGGGCAUGUAGAGUAGACCGUGUUCGGUGUUCGAUGUUCGAUCCAUUUAUAAGCGGCUCUCACACAGUGACUAGCCAAACAGAACGCUAAAUAGGGGUUAUGUCCCCUGCUCCUCUCUUCUCAGUCUCACUCUCCGUCGUCAUCGUAGGAAGCAGAUCUGCGCCAGAAAUUUCAGGUUUCAUUGGAUGAAGACACUAGUAAUCUCGCAUUGUCUUUUAUUUGCUAAUCUUAACUUGACAUUUAUUUUCUUGUAAUCAUUCUUUCGUGACUGUGCAACUUAAGAGGAGUGUAAAAUCAUAAACCCUAGUUCCUUUUUUUCCCAUAAGCUAGGGUUUUUUCUUCUCUUACAUGCACUAGAAGAUUCUAGUACGGUUUCCGCCAUGUAUCUAUACAGUCUAACACUGCAAAAAGCAACUGGUAUCGUCGCUGCGGCUAAUGGAAACUUCGUCGGUGGUAAGUCGCAAGAAAUUGUUGUAGCGAGAGGAAAAGUUCUCGAUCUAUUGCGUCCCGACGAAAAUGGUAAGAUCCAGACAAUUCUAUCCGUCGAGGUAUUUGGCACAAUCCGUUCAUUAGCUCAGUUUAGGCUUACUGGUUCUCAGAAAGACUAUAUUGUUGUUGGGUCUGAUUCGGGUCGAAUCGUGAUUCUAGAGUAUAACAAAGAGAAAAAUAUUUUCGACAAAAUUCAUCAAGAAACGUUUGGGAAAUCGGGUUGUCGUCGGAUUGUCCCGGGGCAGUACUUGGCUGUUGAUCCCAAGGGCCGUGCGGUAAUGAUUGGUGCCUGUGAAAAGCAGAAACUUGUUUAUGUCUUAAACAGAGAUACUGCUGCAAGGCUGACAAUUUCAUCCCCAUUAGAAGCCCAUAAAUCUCACACCAUCGUUUAUUCUGUUGCUGGGGUUGACUGUGGUUUUGACAACCCAAUUUUUGCUGCAAUUGAACUUGAUUAUUCGGAAGCGGAUCAGGAUUCAAGUGGAGUGGCUGCUAGUGAUGCUCAAAAGCAUCUCACUUUCUAUGAACUUGAUCUUGGUCUUAAUCAUGUUUCAAGAAAAUGGUCGGAACCGAUUGACAAUGGCGCCAACAUGCUCGUCACAGUUCCUGGAGGUGGGGAUGGCCCCAGUGGUGUCCUUGUGUGUGCAGAGAAUUUUGUCAUUUAUAAAAAUCAGGGCCAUCCUGAUGUCCGAGCUGUCAUCCCUAGAAGGGCAGAUUUGCCUGCUGAGCGUGGGGUGCUCGUAGUUUCUGCUGCCACGCACAAGCAGAAGUCCAUGUUCUUCUUUCUGUUGCAGACAGAGUAUGGAGAUAUAUUUAAGGUUACACUGGACUACGAGAAUGAACAUGUGAAAGAGUUGAAGAUCAAGUAUUUUGACACAAUGCCUGUUACGGCCUCUAUGUGUGUUCUGAAGUCAGGGUUCCUAUUUGCUGCUUCAGAGUUUGGGAAUCAUGCUUUAUAUCAGUUUAAGUCAAUAGGAGAUGAUGAAGAUGUGGAAUCAUCAUCAGCUACAUUAAUGGAAACGGAAGAAGGUUUUCAGCCAGUAUUUUUCCAGCCUAGGGGCCUUAAGAAUCUUGUUAGGAUUGAUCAAGUUGAAAGUUUGAUGCCAAUUAUGGACAUGAAAGUUAUAAAUUUGUUUGAAGAAGAGACUCCUCAGAUAUUUACACUUUGUGGGCGAGGUCCACGUUCGUCUUUACGAAUACUAAGACCAGGUUUGGCCAUUAGCGAGAUGGCUGUCUCACAACUCCCUGGUAUCCCAAGUGCUGUUUGGACAGUGAAGAAGAACGUUAAUGAUGAGUUUGAUGCAUACAUUGUUGUGUCCUUUGCAAAUGCUACUCUGGUGCUUUCAAUUGGUGAGACUGUCGAAGAAGUUAGUGAUAGUGGAUUCCUUGAUACUACCCCAUCUCUUGCUGUUUCUCUAUUAGGGGAUGACUCUCUGAUGCAAGUCCACCCAAAUGGCAUUAGGCAUAUAAGAGAAGAUGGGCGUAUAAAUGAGUGGAAAACUCCUGGGAAGAGGACAAUUGUGAAGGUUGGCUCCAACAGACUUCAAGUUGUAAUUGCUCUGAGUGGAGGAGAGCUUAUCUAUUUUGAGAUGGACAUGACAGGUCAGUUGAUGGAGGUUGAGAAGCAUGAAAUGUCUGGGGAUGUGGCUUGUCUGGACAUUGCUCCAGUUCCUGAAGGGAGACAAAGGUCCCGUUUCCUUGCUGUAGGAUCCUAUGAUAAUACUAUUCGUAUCCUAUCCUUGGACCCUGAUGACUGCAUGCAGAUUUUAAGUGUGCAGAGUGUAUCUUCACCCCCAGAAUCUCUUCUCUUACUUGAAGUUCAGGCGUCAGUUGGUGGGGAGGAUGGUGCUGAUCACCCUGCCAGUGUUUUUCUUAAUGCUGGUCUACAGAAUGGGGUGCUCUUCAGAACUGUGGUUGAUAUGGUGACAGGUCAGCUUUCUGAUACUCGCUCCCGGUUCUUGGGACUCAGAGCCCCAAAACUCUUCUCUUCCAUUGUAAGAGGUAGGCGAGCAAUGCUUUGCUUGUCUAGUCGACCUUGGCUUGGGUAUAUUCACCAAGGACACUUCUUGUUGACUCCCCUUUCAUAUGAGACUCUUGAAUAUGCUGCCUCGUUUUCAUCUGAUCAGUGUGCAGAAGGUGUGGUUGCUGUUGCAGGGGAUGCAUUGAGGGUUUUCACAAUUGAGAGGUUGGGAGAAACAUUCAAUGAAACUGCAAUUCCUUUGAGAUAUACUCCAAGGAAGUUUGUCCUUCAUCCCAAGCGGAAACUGCUGGUGGUGAUUGAGAGUGAUCAGGGAGCACUCACUGCAGAAGAACGUGAAGCUGCAAGGAAGGAAUGUCUGGAGGCCGCUGGGAUGGGAGAGAAAGGAAAUGGUAAUGUGGAACAGAUGGAAAAUGGUGGUGGUGAUGAUGAGGAAAAGGAUGAUCCCCUAUCUGAUGAGCAGUAUGGUUACCCAAAGGCAGAGUCUGACAAGUGGGUGUCUUGUAUCAGAGUCCUUGAUCCUAGGACAGCAAGCACAACAUGCCUUUUAGAGCUUCAGGACAAUGAGGCUGCAUUUAGUGUAUGCACUGUGAAUUUCCAUGACAAGGAAUAUGGAACUCUUUUGGCUGUUGGUACCGCAAAGGGACUGCAGUUUUGGCCUAAGAGAAAGUUCACUGCGGGAUUUAUACAUAUUUAUAGGUUUGUGGAAGAUGGUAAAGUUCUUCAACUUUUACACAAGACACAAGUAGACGGUAUUCCUCUUGUUUUGUGCCAAUUCCAAGGAAGAUUGCUUGCUGGAAUAGGACCAGUACUCAGAUUAUAUGAUUUGGGGAAGAGGAGAUUGCUUAGAAAAUGUGAGAAUAAGCUCUUCCCCAACACAAUUAUCUCCAUCCACACAUAUAGGGAUCGGAUUUAUGUUGGCGACAUACAAGAGUCAUUCCAUUAUUGCAAGUAUAGGCGGGAUGAAAAUCAGUUGUAUAUAUUUGCAGACGAUUGUGUUCCUAGAUGGCUUACAGCAUCAUACCACAUAGACUUCGACACCAUGGCCGGUGCUGACAAGUUUGGGAAUGUGUACUUUGUGCGGUUACCACAGGAUGUGUCAGAUGAAAUUGAAGAAGAUCCAACUGGAGGUAAAAUAAAGUGGGAGCAGGGGAAGCUGAAUGGAGCCCCUAACAAGGUUGAAGAAAUUGUACAGUUCCAUGUGGGUGAUGUAGUCACAUCUUUGCAGAAGGCAUCUCUUAUUCCAGGGGGUGGUGAAUGCAUUAUUUUUGGUACUGUAAUGGGGAGCUUGGGGGCUUUGCUUGCUUUCACGUCUAGGGAGGAUGUUGACUUCUUCUCUCACUUAGAGAUGCAUAUGAGGCAGGAGCAUCCACCUCUGUGUGGUAGAGAUCACAUGACCUACAGAUCUGCUUACUUUCCAGUGAAGGACGUGAUUGAUGGAGAUCUCUGUGAACAGUUCCCCACACUACCUCCGGAUUUGCAGAGGAAGAUUGCAGAUGAACUGGAUAGGACCCCUGGGGAAAUAAUGAAGAAACUCGAAGAUAUUAGAAAUAAGAUCAUUUGAAGAGUUGACCUACUCAGCCUCGUGGAUUGGAGGAUGGAUAAUUGGAUCUGUAUAAUUAUCUUAUAGAUCCAUGCAGUGGUAUCUUGGGUCCAUACUGUAUAAACAUCGUGUAUCCAGGAAAACAUGUUUGUGCUGCGAGGGGGAAUGGAUCAAUUACUACUACAAUUAUUUGCAGAUCUAAGUAAGAUUACUUUUCAAUGAGAUUUCUGACCAUCACCUGGAUUAAAUGAUUUUGGUCAGGUUCAACAGAUGAAAAUUUGGGAACCUGCAUGUUGCCACACUCCCCAAAUCCUAUUUAUCUAAAUUUGAAAGCUAGAAGCUGAUCGGUCUAUCCUCUUUGGAUUCGCCCUCUGGAGAUUAUGAAUGUAGCCUUAAUUAUGUUUUCAUGGAAGUCAUUUCGUGGUGGAAGCUCGCCAGAUCAUUAUGUUGUAAAGUGCUUAAGCAUUAUUUCGCAGCUUUUCCAAUGAAGAGACUAAAAGUUCUCACGGUAAAACCAGGGCCCAAGGCCGCCUUUGUAUAUUUCCUUUGAAACUUGAAAGCAGUGUAAUAGACUAGUAGUUUAGCACUUGGGCUUUUAGACCCUGGCUGCAGGACUUCAUAUAUGAGCUUGCUGGGGCAAGUGAGUUAAAUCAAUAGAAAUUCCACCCCACCAAGAACCAAUGGUGGUGGCCAGCA